AUGAAGGAAGAGUAUCCGAUCCAUGAGGCCGCACGAGACGGCAACCUUGCCAAAGUACAAGAAUUGUUACAUGUCCAGCCCAAAUACUGCCUCAUCCAGGACCUAGACGGGAGAUAUCCACUCCACUGGGCAAUUUCAUUCCAACAUGUCAAAAUCGUGGAGUUACUGCUGUCUUUCAUGAAAGACGUAGAUUUAGACCAUCUUGCGGAUGACGCCGGUUGGACUCCGGUACAUAUUACGAGUGCCGUGGGGAACAAAGAAAUUUUGGCAAUGUUAUUGAAUCAUAGUGUGAAACCGGACCCUAACGUGAAAACCAACCAGGGCGUUACAGCGUUACAUUUGGCAUGUUCUAAACAACAUUUGGACAUUGCCGAGGUCUUGAUUGAGCAUGGAGCAUCUACUAGAUGUAAAGAUUCUAGACAGCAACUACCACUUCACAGAGCUGCAAGUGUUGGCAGUUUACCACUAACGAAACUUUUAUGCGACAACAAUUCACCAGUGAACUCUAAAGACAUACAGGGCUGGACCCCACUCUUCCAUGCUCUUGCAGAGGGUCAAGGAGACGUUGCAGUUAUGUUAGUGACAGAUUACGGUGCAGAUUACGAUUCGGUGCAAGACAACACAGACAAAAAACCAUUAGAUGUUGUUGUCGAUGAUAAGGUCAAGCAAUUUUUCUUGAAAAACGUUCAAUGA